GAAACCAAUGUCUGGGUUGUUGAACUAUGUGGAUCUGUCAAGUAGGUUUUGGACUCUGAUACACAAGUUUUGAGCUUUUUUGAUUGAUUCAAUCUGUUACUGAAAUGGGUCUAAGUCAUUGGUUAAUUCCUGGAUGUUUCAUUUGCAAUUAACUCUGUUGCUAUUUGUUGAACUGUAUUCCAGUAAAUAAUAUAACUUUGUUAUUGGCAUAUCUUAUUUUUAUUUAUUUGUUUAUUUCUAACUAUCAAGACUCGUUCCCUGAUUUCCUACACAGUUUGGCCGAGUAGUAUUCAGUUAUACACAUUCAGCCGUUGACAGCGGAGUUUUCUAAAGUUAAUGACUGUAUAUCACUGACGAAAAUAGUGUAAAUUUAAAACAUUUGAGACUGUUAUAGUCCUAAUUUGUGCUGAAUUUUUUUAUUUCAUAAAUGGUGAUAAAAUUGACUACUUCCGUUCAUUAUAGGUUAGCGUGGCGGUGACUUAUAUUUGGUUGAGUUUUAUUGGAUAUCCAUAGGUUGCAUUUUGUUAAUUGCAGCAUAAUCUUGGAGAUAAUUAAAAGGAAGAGAAAAUGAGGAUGAGGAACAAAUACAGGAAACCAACCACUUUCCAUUGCAAUGCAGGGAGCAGAUGUUCAACGUCUGCUGUGGUGUGGAGCUUGGUGGGAUGUUUUCUUAUGUUUCAGCUGUACUCCCUUGUUCACCAAAAUAAUAGGAUGGGAGGAGAAAUGCAAUUUCGAUCAACUCAUCACCCACAGUUCCAUGAACUUGAAGAGGUGGAAGAGGAAAAUAUCCAAAUUCCCCCACCAAGAAAGCGAUCCCCACGUGCUGCAAAAAGAAAACCUAGGCGACCAACCACUCUGAUUGAUGAAUUUCUUGAUGAAAAUUCUCAAAUUAGACACGUAUUCUUCCCUGGCCAGAAGCAUGUUAUAGAUCCAAUGAAGGAUACAGGGAAUGAUAGCUAUUACUACUACCCUGGGAGGAUUUGGUUGGAUACUGAUGGAAAUCCUAUUCAAGCUCAUGGAGGUGGUAUUCUAUAUGAUGACAAAUUGAGGACAUACUAUUGGUAUGGGGAGUAUAAAGAUGGGCCCACAUAUCAUGCUCAUAAAAAAGGAGCAGCCCGGGUUGACAUCAUAGGAGUUGGUUGCUAUUCUUCCAGAGACUUGUGGAAAUGGAAAAAUGAAGGCAUCGUAUUAGCAGCAGAAAAAACAAAUGAAACACAUGAUCUCCACGAAUUAAAUGUUCUCGAGAGGCCGAAAGUGAUUUACAAUGAGCGGACAGGGAAGUAUGUUAUGUGGAUGCAUAUUGAUGAUGUUAACUACACCAAAGCUGCUGUUGGUAUUGCCAUUAGUGAUUACGCUACUGGUCCUUUUGAUUAUCUCUAUAGCAAACGACCCCAUGGAUUUGAAAGUAGGGAUAUGACAAUCUUCAAAGAUGAUGAUGGUGUUGCAUAUCUAAUCUACUCCUCCGAGGACAAUAGUGAACUUCAUAUUGGGCCACUAACCGAAGAUUAUCUUGAUGUGACAAACAUCAUGAGAAGAGUUCUCGUGGGACAACAUCGGGAAGCCCCGGCUUUGUUCAAGUAUGAAGGAACUUAUUACAUGAUCACUUCAGGAUGCACUGGAUGGGCUCCAAAUGAGGCACUGGCCCAUGCAGCAGAUUCGAUCAUGGGGCCAUGGGAGACUAUGGGAAACCCCUGUGCGGGAGGGAACAAAGUGUCCCGACUUACUACAUUUUUUGCACAGAGCACAUUUGUGGUUCCUGUGCCAGCAUUUCCUGGUUCAUUUAUUUUCAUUGCAGAUCGAUGGAACCCGGCAGACUUAAGGGACUCAAGAUAUGUCUGGUUGCCUUUGAUAGUAGGGGGACCGGCUGAUAGGCCCCUUGAUUACAAUUUUGGGUUCCCAUUAUGGUCAAGAGUGUCAAUAUAUUGGCAUAGAAAGUGGAGACUUCCUCGGGGGUGGAGUUCUUCGAAAUGAAUAUAGGUUUCCCUCAUAUCAUCUGGUGUAUCAUACAUGAAGGCUAUGCUGAUUCUUUCACUGGCUUGCCAUGGUUGUUGUGUUACUGUAAAUGAAGAGCAUUUGCAAAUUGCAUAUAGUCCACUUGCGCAUGGCACACAAAGGCGAGCGUGUAGGAUGAUCAAUCUCAAGCACUGCCAAUGAACCCCUCAUUUUUUUAGAUUAUGUUCAUAUUAGCUAGCUUUGAGGCAGAGUGUAUGCUUGCAGGGAAAGAUUGCUUAUUAUCAAACAGCUUUGCUAAUAAUCACUUGAUGUUGUCCUUAGUUGAAAUUCAUUAUGUGCAUGAAGGGUAUGUAUGUCUUUA